CCCCCCGCGCCACACACACACUUCACACACACACACACGCGCUCCGCUCAAGUGAUUCAACCCUGAUUUCCAAGCGAGCAACAAGACAGGAUGCCCAAAAGUGCAGACCGGCGGGGAGGUUUUACGCGCUGAUCGGGCUUCUUUGAGAAGAAAAAGCCGGUGGAAGCAGGAGCAGCAAGUGAGGAAGACGAAAGAGAGGCGCGUUGUUUCUCCCGCUGCAACUUGCGCUCUGUGCCAGAGUUUUUAGCGGCAGUAUUGUUCCGACUUCACUCCAGAGGGGCCACUCCGAGGAGAGAGGACGCACACAAAAGGGGGGAAAAGGAAAAGGGACUUAACGAGCACGCUUUUGGUCCGCUUAAAGAAGUAAUGGUCUUGAGACCCUAGAUUUCUCUGUCUGUCGCUCUCUUUUUCCUCUCUGUUUUUUUUUUUUUUUUUUUUCAUUUUCAUUUUGAAUUUUUUUUUUUCCGCGUGCCGUCGGGUUGUGUGCCCCCUUGUUUGUCGCCGUGAAGAGAGAGUGUGGACGCGCCGGGGUCCGAGGAGCAGAAGCGGGCUGUCCACAUGGUCCAACCGCGGGUGUGAAAGUUGACUUCUUCAGAAACCGAGAGAACAGGUGCCAGUGAUGAUGGUGGAAUCAGCCUCUGAGACCAUUCGAACAACACCGUCCAACCAAAAUGGAGUCAGCAGCCUAAGCAGCCAAUCAGACGGAGGGGGAGGCAGAGAGGGUGGGUCUAAUGGAGACACCAAUGGAGAGAUCAGUCCGGUAGACUUACUGCACCUGCAGCAGCAACAGGCACUCCAGGCAGCCCGACAGUUCCUCCUCCAGCAGGCCUCUGGACUCAACUCCCCUGGCAACAACGAGGUCAAGCAGAACCCCGUGCAGGUGCCUGUGUCCAUGGCCAUGAUGAGCCCGCAGAUGAUCACUCCUCAGCAGAUGCAACAGAUCCUGUCCCCUCCUCAGCUCCAGGCCCUGCUGCAGCAACAACAGGCUCUGAUGCUACAGCAGCUACAGGAGUACUACAAGAAGCAGCAGGAGCAGCUGCAUCUACAGCUUCUGACUCAGCAGCAGCAGCAGCAGCAGCAGCAACAACAACAACAGCAACAGCAGCAGCAACAGCAGCAGCAGCAGCAGCAGGCCGGGAAGCAGGCGGCAAAAGAGCAGCUAGGCAGUAAGCAGUUGGCUUUCCAGCAGCAGCUGAUCCAGAUGCAGCAGCUUCAGCAGCAGCACAUCCUCAACCUCCAGAGACAAGGCCUGGUUCCGCUGCAGCCCACCGCUGCCAUGCAGUCUCUUCAGCAAGCAAUGUGUCCAUCAGACCUCCAGCAACUGUGGAAGGAGGUGUCCGGAGUGCCGAGCGCUGAGGACGCCCUCAAACAGGCCGAGGGCCUGGACUUGAGCACCAACAGUUCCAACACUACCUCAGCCUUCCCCAAAGCUGCCAGUGCUCACAUUCCACUGCACAGCCUGCCCAACGGACAGAGCCACACCCCAAAGAGAGACAGAGCCAGACUGUUUGAGUGGAUAUCCUCCUUCACCAAGGCAGACAGCGGAGACGACCAUGUUCCCCUUUACUCCAAAGGCAGCCAACCUCCCACCAGCCAUCACGAGGAGCUCAGCAGCUCCCAUCCCCUCUACGGUCAUGGAGAGUGUAAGUGGCCUGGCUGUGAAGCGCUGUGUGAGGACAUGGGACAGUUCAUCAAGCACUUGAACAACGAGCACGCCCUGGAUGACCGCAGCACCGCUCAGUGCAGAGUCCAGAUGCAGGUGGUCCAGCAACUGGAGAUACAGCUGGCGAAGGAGAGCGAGCGACUUCAGGCCAUGAUGACCCACCUGCACAUGCGCCCCUCGGAGCCGAAACCCUUCAACCAACCUCUGAACCUGGCUUCCAGCGGCUCCCUGUUAAAGAGGGACAGCGAGGCCUACCCAGAGGGUCUACCCCACCCGCCCACCUCAGCCGCCACCCCGAUCACGCCGCUGCGCCAGGGACCCUCCGUCAUCAGCUCUUCCAGCCUGCACACACACUCCCACUCCCACACGCACCCCGUCGGCCCCAUACGUAGGCGCAACUCUGACAAGUACUGCACCCCUAUUGCCUCAGAGCUCGCUCAAAACUGUGAGUUCUACAAGAAUGCUGAUGUCAGGCCUCCUUUUACCUACGCCUCUCUUAUACGUCAUGCCAUCCUGGAGUCCCCAGACAGACAGCUGACUCUAAAUGAGAUCUACAACUGGUUUACAAGAAAGUUUGCAUAUUUCAGGAGAAACACUGCCACAUGGAAGAAUGCAGUGCGCCACAACCUGAGUCUGCACAAGUGCUUUGUUCGUGUCGAGAACGUGAAGGGGGCGGUAUGGACCGUGGACGAAGUCGAAUACCAAAAGAGGAGACCACCAAAGAUGACCGGAAGUCCCACUCUGGUGAAAAACAUGAUUUCAGGCCUGGGUUUCGGAUCCCUAAACGCCAGCUACCAGGCGGCUCUGGCAGAGAGCAGUUUGUCCCUGCUGAACAGCCCCCCUCUGGUGACCCCUCCGUCUGCAGCCAGCCUCAACAUGCUGCACGUGGGCCACGAUGAUGUCAGCUCCACCGUGGAGCAGGUCAACAGCAACGGCAGCUGCAGCCCCACGCUCAGCCCUCAGCAGUACAGCCACCAGGUGCACGUGAAGGAGGAGCCCACCGAGGUGGAAGAGGACAGCCGACCCGUGUCCCUGCUGGCCGGCGUCACACACAGCCUGCCGUUGCCAAGCGACGAGCGCGAUCUGGAGGAAGAUCUUCCCACCGAGGAGCUGGAGUAGGACGCGCCCGCUCAGUGGAUCAAAAGGGCCGGGACGUCUCUGCGAUCAGUCCCAUCGGCCUGUCAUCAGCGUAAAGAGGAAAAAAAAGGCAUCCGUACACCUAAGAGAAAAGAGGACGAAAAAAAAGAAGAGAAUUUUGUUUUUAAGUUCGUUUUAAAGAAAGCUCGAACAACAGAGAGUGACAUUGAGAAACUCAAAAAAAAAAGAAAAAAUCCAACAAAAAAACAACAACAGGGUUUAGAUGACUUUUGUUACGUUCAGCCGCAAAAACCUGACUGUGGAGCACUGCUUUACCUCUAGGUGUUGCUUUUACAACACUUGGCCCAGAGGUGUAACACCACUUUAUUCAUACACACUCUCUCAAAACCUGUGCACGCACGCACGCACGCGCACACACACACACACACACACACACAAACAUACUUGUUUACCUGUCUCUGCGAAAAACCACAUGUCUCGGUAAGGGGGGGGAAAAAACAAAAGAAAAUAUCCCUAAGAGGCAUGGACGCUCUCUCCUCAUACCACCACUUGGCAUAGGCGCCUUUCUCUCUGUGGUCUCUCAGUCGGAGGAGAAACACUGACGUGCGUUUGAAAGAACAAGACGCGCACAAACACGUAGGAUCAUGUGUAUAUAGAUUUGGAGAGGUCGCCGGGGGCAGGACACCUCUCCUCUCCUCCCUCUUCGAGUCAGGCACGCGCUCUCUUUCGUACACUUUGAUUCGACUGAAACGAAACCGAAGGCCUUUGGAGACGAGGGAGAACGAAGAAGCGGAAGGACGGCGUCGCCUUGCUCCCUGUCCAGGCCUCAAGACAGCAGCGGGACGUCACUGAGGGACGUUUUUUUUUUUUUUCUUUCUUUUUUUCUCUGUCUUUUUUUUAACUAUUUACUUCUCCGUAGAAAAAACAGAAGACAUUUCUCCUACCAUUACCACAGCCCACCCUGAUCCCCCCACCCCUCCCACCCGAAAGACUGCAGGAACAGGUGCUCCUCUUCUUCUGUCCUCCGUCUGCAGAUGAGCAUGGGACACUCUGGGGAGGAAGAAGAAAUGACGGGAAGCAGCGAGAGACGAGGGAAGGAAGUGUCCACAGAAACUUUGUGACAAAAAAAACAAAACGAAAACAACAAAAAAACACAAUUCUGUCUGUGAUUUUGAGAAGUAACACGGAAAAAAAAACGUGUGGUAGCUUUUGUCAUUUCCAUUUAAUUUUUUUAUUGUUUACUUUCGAUGAUCGAUAUUCCCAUCGUGGAUCUCUGCUCUUCUAAGGAUGUUUGUCUCUUUUUUUUCUAAGUUUGUAAGUUGUUUGAUUUACUCUGGUUGUCCGCACCAUUCCAUAUAAGUAUUUGGCAAAAUAAUAAGUGGAGUUUUUCUUUUCUUUUUUUUUUUUUUUUAAGCGCAGUAUUGUCCCAACUGUCCUGCCCCUGAACGGCUUUUCUGUCCCAAGCAUAGCAGGCAAGAAAAUUGGAAAUAGCACUUAAAAGUUGCCAACAAACCGCCAACCUUUUUUUUUUUUUUUUUUUUUGUUAAACUUUAUUUGAAUUCACUCUUUUGUUAAGUUGUGUAUUUACUUGAGAUGUAUUUCUAAUGCUUUAAAACACACAUAUAUAUUACUGCAGUCAGAGAAUACCUCAUCCCACAAAGGUUCUGCCCCGAACUGUGUCCAAAUUGAUUAAGAAGAAGUAAGGGGAGAUAUUCCUUCUGUGGGACACCAAAUGUGGCAACUCUGCUCAGCCUCGACUCAAAGCUCUAUGGUUGUAAUUGUUACUGUGUAGAAGCUAUCUGCAAUUCACUGUGUGAGUUUGUGUUCAAGGAAUUAGCAUGCUAGAUUUUCUUUUUUUUUUUCUCUCCUGUGGGUGUCGAAGAAUAACUUUUCUCUACAGUUGCAUACCAAAUUUAAGCAUCUAUUUUAAUCUAAUAUCCUCUUAUCAAGUUCCCGUUUUAUUUUAUUAUUUUAUUUUUUGUUACAGGUAACCAAAGAAAUACGAAGAAAACCAAAAACCUUUUGCUUUAUUUUAUGUUUUGUUUUGUUAUGGGUUAUUUUAUUUUUUUUCCUCUUUCCGAAAACAGGCCAAAAGACAAAGAACCAUGACAUCUUUGUUUCCUGUAAUGAUAUUCACAUGAGUCUUGUCCUUAAAACGCUUAAAACUUAGCAGUGCUGAUCAUUCCAAAAAAACCAAAGUGUGCAAAGCAAGCUUGGAUGGGUGGAUGAGGCCAAAAAGAAAAAUGAAUAAAAACAAACCUUGCACAGUUCCUCUGAAAAAUACAAUGCAGAGAGAAGAGAGUUAGAAAGCACUUACAGAUGAAACCCAGCCUCUCCUAUUCCGUACAUUGGCCCAUUUCCGUUUCAAACUAUGGUUCUUGGACCCUGGAGCAGACCCUGACAAAAAACAUUUCUCUGUGAGCUUUGUUUUAGGUAUCAGAAGGUGUGCAAUCAAGAAAAAAAGGAUCUUUCAACAGAAAUCUCCUCUGUGUACAUGCUGAAAGUGUACUAUAACAGGCUUCAAAAAGUCACACUGUGGGACAAAGAGAAAUUAUUUGGAAUAUGUGUUACAAAUAAAGAGGGAACAUCUAAUGUAAUGGGGAAAACCCCCAAGGGAUAAAUUUUUUUUUUGUUUCAGAUGGGUUUUGUUUUCAGACUUUUCUUUAAACCGAACCGAACUUCAGAUGUUUCUUUUUCAGUUUUUUUUUUUUUAACAAUCUUUCCAGUGACUUUGAGUUCAAACAGGACAGUUUCCUGUUGCAAAAGAGACUGAGUGCAAAACACAUACCUGGCAGGCGGAGAUGUUGAAAAGAGAUAAAAUAACCAAAAAGAUAAUAAUACUACCUCCUUUUCCAAACUGUUCAACAACAAGCCAGAGGGAAUCUGAACUCUCUUUAACACUUUUGUCUCUACUCUUCCUCAAUGACAAGACCAAGAAUGCCAAAACCUACUUUAUGACAAGGGUUGCCUGAUAUCAGGAGACAUCCGGUCGGGAUGUUAUUGUUGAAUAUUGCAACGAUGAGACUGAUUGCUAUUGACACACAUUCUCCUCACUGUUCUUUUUUUUUCCCCUUUCCGUCAUCACAAUGUCCCCAUCACUGUUGCUGAGCUUUAGGGUCUCAGUCUCUUAAGGUCUAUUUCAGGCGUGGGCAUAAAAGACAACCAAAGUCCAUCCAACGGAUUAAAUUUGAUCGAUAAGCAAGGCGUGAAUGCAUGAAACCAGAGAUAUUAUCGCCUAAGCAACAUUGCAUCUUUUGUGACCGCGAUAACUGCUGCGAUUCGGUACGUUGCGAAGCUCUAGCUGUUAGGUGACUCCAUGCCUUGUCUACUCAAACCCCCCCCCCCCCCAAACAAAAACAAAGCUGUUUCACUUUCUAUACUAUUAAGAAUGACUACCUCUCCGUAAACCACAUCUGAAAACACUCGCUGUGUCGCAAAAUACGUCGAGAACUGCUCGCUAACUACAAUUUUUAGUUCCUUUCUCCACCCAAUUAGCGCUGAGCUUUCUGAGGAAAAAAAAAACCAAUCAGUUGCAUAUCUCAUUAUUGGUCGCCAGAAGCUGCUUGCGUACGGCUCUCUCUUGUUUUUUAGAGGUGGCGAUGGGCUACAAAAACAAAAAACUGUAACACGCUUACGCAUACCUGAACCGGUUAAAAACCGAGGCUCAGAGCAUAUCCAGGUAUCCAAAGACCAACUCAACAAAACACUGAAGAGGUCCCCGAAUCUCCAAAACUCAUCACUACUAGUCAGACCCAAACCAGGAAGGACGGAACCGCUGCCUCCAGAACGCAGGCGGUUCCUGACUUGUGCUUUAAGGUACACCUGUAAACAAGGCUGUUUUCUACCGAUGUAGAUUGUUCACAGGUCACCGUGUAACACUGCUUUCUGUAGCUCGGCAUUAGGCGAUGCAUUCUUGUAUAUUGAUUCUUGGCUCAUCUCUCCAAUGCUUUUUUUUUUGUUUUCUGUUUUUUUUUUCUUUGCCUUUCUUUUCUUUUUUUUUCUGCACCUGUUCGGCUGUUGUAAAGCUUUCAACCUGGAUUCCAUUACUGUACCACUAAUGCUGAAUAUAUGUAUUUAUCACAUUACGUGCUACAGGUAUCUUGGUUUAAAUGUGUUUUUGUUUCUAUUUUUUUUUUUUUUAGUUCUUCAUAAAACGUCUGGGACGCAGAUUAUUAUUUUUUUUUUGAACUGUAUUAUCAAAAUGAAAAAAAAAUGCUGAAAAGAAUUGAAUUUAGAUCAGUGGUUUAGGAAACACCUGUUUGUAUAUUUAUCUUAGCUAGAUCUAUUUUGAUACUUUUUUUGUCUCUGUAUUGCAUUUAUGCAUUUUUAAGGAAAGAAAAAAAAACGACAAAAGGAAAACAAACUAAAAAAGUUUCUUCAAUGUGUAUUGAUACCUCAGAUGGAUUUUCUUUUUCUCUCUCAAAGACAGGACCAAAACCUCUGAAAAGAAAACGAGAAAGAGGAAAAAAAAUGUAAGAAUAUGUAGCCCCUCACUUGCUUUAACAAAAAAAAAAAAAAAAAAAAAAAAGCAGAGCUAUAGAAAAGUAUUGCUGUUGGUCCUUCCAGGUGCCAAUACGUGUCCUUGCUCCCUGUGACACCUCCCUCUUAUCCCCUGACCCCCCCGUCAUUCCUGUGCUGAACUCUGACCCGCAGAGCUGCCAAUCAUCUGCAGGUGCCAAGGGGCCGAGUCGGAAGCUGAACCGGUGGCGACUCGCUGCAGACUUUAUCUCCACGUCCAACAAAGGCAGAUUAACGACUGACACUGUUGCAUUCUUCUUCUUAUUAUUAUUAUUAUUAUUUGUUUGUUUGUGCUUAUUUUUGAUACUCCUCCUUUUGCUUAGUCUCAAAACCAAAAUGUGGAGUGGCUCUUCGAGAUGCAGCUCUGACUACCAAAGGCAUUGUGAGCCAACAUUGCUUUAGUCCAAACUCCUGAACUGUAACCAAACUGCAACCAAAACCAAUGUCACAACCUUAACCAACCAAAAACAAAAAAAAAAGAAAGAAAGAAAGAAAGAAAGAAAGAAAGAAAAGACCCAAGCUACUUCCAAAACUCCAUCUACUUCACUUACCGCCCUUGCCGAUAGCAGUUUCCCCUCAUCCAUUCGCGCUAACAGUGUUUCAGGGAGCGGUCUACAUCCCUUUGGCUUGCGUCUGAUUCAGAGGACUUAGGGAGAGCAAAUCCUGACGAGUGAUUGGACAGUUCUGAGGCGUCAUGGGAGGGGAAAGGGACUCUCAAAGUGGAGCUUUUGCCUGAUGGUAUUAUUAUAUAGACCGCCAGAUUUUGAUGGAACUACCACUUUAACGAUCCUCUGGUUAAACCUUAGGAAUGUGUGUGUACAUUUACAGCAGUGACUCUCUUUAUUGAUUCUUAGUUGAGUUUACCUGUUUACCUCUCUUUAUUCCUUUGGUUUUUUUUGUUACGUUUCUUGAUGUUUGAAAGUGUGACCCGAGGAAGAGGCGGGGACAGGGACCAGGGUGGUUGCUUUAGACAGACAGAUGAUGAGCCCGGCCCUUUGACCCUCCUCCCCCGGGGUAGCCAUGUAAUGCCAGUCACUGCCCUUUUCCUUCAUGCUGUAUAAAAAAAACACACAAACAUAUAUCUGUGUAUUUGUAACCUGAAUCUUCUUGUGUCUGUCCAUGCAGACAAUAAAAAACUGUACAGUAGAUCUAGUUGCAUGUAAUCUGUACUAAUUAUUGACAAUGGCAUUAUAAAAUGCAAUAAAAUACUUAUUACACUGUCA